GACAACACACAAAGCAAAAAGCUGUUUUCUUUGGCAUAAUUUUGAAGAAAUUUUUGUAAAAAUGGAGGGGAAAGAAGAGGAUGUGAAGGUUGGAGCAAACAAGUAUUCAGAAAGGCAGCCAUUAGGGACUUCAGCACAGAGCAAGGACUACAAGGAGGCACCACCAGCACCAUUAUUUGAGGCUGGUGAGCUACAUUCUUGGUCUUUUUGGAGAGCUGGGAUUGCAGAGUUCAUGGCUACUUUUUUGUUCCUUUACAUAACUGUAUUGACUGUUAUGGGUUAUUCAAGGGCUAACAGCAAAUGUAGUACUGUUGGUGUUCAAGGCAUUGCUUGGGCUUUUGGGGGUAUGAUUUUUGCCCUUGUUUACUGCACUGCUGGCAUAUCAGGUGGACACAUUAACCCUGCUGUGACAUUUGGUUUAUUUCUGGCAAGGAAAUUGUCCUUAACCAGGGCAGUGUUCUACAUUGUGAUGCAGUGCCUUGGUGCAAUCUGUGGUGCUGGUGUUGUCAAAGGGUUCCAGCCAUCUUUGUUUGAGACUAAGGGUGGAGGUGCCAAUGUUGUUGCCCAUGGUUACACCAAGGGAGAUGGCCUUGGUGCUGAGAUUAUUGGCACUUUUGUUCUUGUCUACACUGUCUUCUCUGCUACUGAUGCCAAGAGAAAUGCUAGAGACUCCCAUGUCCCUAUUCUGGCUCCUCUCCCAAUUGGAUUUGCAGUGUUCUUGGUUCAUUUGGCUACAAUCCCUAUUACAGGCACCGGCAUUAACCCUGCUAGAAGCCUAGGCGCUGCCAUUGUCUACAACAAAGAACAUGCAUGGGAUGAUCAUUGGAUUUUCUGGGUGGGACCAUUCAUUGGAGCUGCACUUGCUGCCUUAUACCACCAAGUUAUCAUAAGAGCCAUUCCAUUCAAGAGUGGAAACUGAGGAACACCUUGGCCUAUUGGCUAUAGCUAUGUCUUAUUUCAGUAUUUGGUUACUUUGCUAUGAUUGACAAUGAAGUUCAUUAAUGUUUGAUUAUCAUGUACAAAAAGCUGUUGUAAUGCUUUAUUAUUGUAUUGGUUCUUCAGUUCAUCUUGUUUAUUCUGCCUUUCAUUAUUGGCAUUGUUAUUAAUGUCUCUCUUUGCUUAGAGUCUUUAACUUUUGGUGGUGUGAUUUUUCUUCAUAAAUAAGUACAGAGUAAAUUUGUAUGAUAUAAAUUAAUGAUAACUUGGUUGAAAUGACAACUCACUUGUUAUUACAAGUGUAAAAAUUUUGUUGCUACGUCAAGUGUGUGUAUAUAUAUACCUUGUACUUUAUAGUUAUCUGCAAAUAACAUACACUAUGA